AGGAAGAGAGACCAUUCACUAUUUAUACACUUCAUCAACUUCAUGUCAACUCCUAAUCACCACAACUAACCACAGAGAGAGAGAGAGAGAGAGAGAGAGAGAGAGAAUGGGUUCCCUUCCACAUCCACACAUAGUAGAGGACUGCCAAGGCAUCCUCCAACUCUACAGCGACGGCUCCAUCACCCGCUCCGACAUCAACCUACGCUCCUUGUUCAACAACAAUCCCCCAAACGACGACGACGACGUCGCCGCCUCCUCCGUCCUAUUCAAAGACUGUCUCUACCACAAACCCCACCACCUCCGCCUCCGCCUCUACAAACCCAAAAACCUGCCCUCCUCCCUCCCCGUCCUCCUCUUCCUCCACGGCGGCGGCUUCUGCGUCGGCUCCCGCACCUGGCCCAACUUCCACAACUGCUGCCUCCGCCUCUCCUCCGCCCUCCGGGCCGUCGUCGUCUCCCCCGACUACCGCCUCGCCCCUGAGCACCGCCUCCCGGCCGCCAUCGACGACGCUCUCGCCGCCCUCGAGUGGGUCCGGGCGCAAGCCACGUCCGAGAAUCCCGAACCGUGGCUGGGUGGCGGGGCGGUUGACUUUGGCAAGGUUUUCGUGUUGGGUGACUCCUCCGGGGGGAACAUUGCCCACCACCUGGCGGUCCGGUUCGGUUCGGGUUUCGGUGAUUUGGAACCGGUGAGGGUGAGGGGGUUCGUGCUGAUGGCGCCGUUUUUCGGUGGGUGUGCCAAGACCAAAUCCGAGGCUGAGGGGCCGCCUGAACCGCUGCUGAAUUUGGAGAUCCUUGACAGGUUUUGGAGGCUGUCAAUACCAGUUGGAGAAACAGCAGACCAUCCAUUCGCGAACCCGUUCGGACCACGUAGCCCUAAUCUUGAACCAGUGAUGCUUGACCCAAUUUUGGCUAUCGUCGGAGGCAGGGAAGUGUUGAAAGACAGGGUGGAGGAUUAUGCAAGGAGGCUAAAAGAGAUGGGGAAGAAAAUCGAGUACGUUGAGUUUGAGGGACAACACCACGGUUUCUUCAUCAACGAACCCUAUUCGGACACGGCGAAUAGGGUUUUGCAACUUCUCACAAGUUUCAUGGAUAUGAACUCCAAUUAGGGUUUUUAAGUUAUGUUGAAUAUGUAUUACUAGCAUUUUGUUAUAGUUUGUAUUUUUUCCUUUUAAUUUCAUUGUAGUCAAUUUAGUGUGCUUUGUGGACUUCCAUUAGUUUGAAGACUAAAAUGGAAGAACAUGUGUAUAAAAGAGUCAAGUACUUGCCAAUAAAAGAAAUGUAUGAGUCAAAUAAUGAAUGAUGAAGGAGAUGCACAAGUGCUUAAUUAUUCAUUGCUC